AUGCCGUCCCCGGCAAGUGUGGCGUUGUACUGGGACAGAAGGUGUAGCGAAAGUCAGGUGGUGAAUAAUGCGCUGACGCUCGAGCGCAUGGUCGUGGCUUACAAUCUCGUUGACGUUGAAAGGACCUUGAUGAGCUUCGUCGAGGAGACGCUCAAUGUGCUCAAGACUGCUGCGCAUGUGCCUCCCGGCGGCAGCGUCAUGAUGAGCUAGGGUCACCUGAGCACGCCAAAGAGACUCAAGCUGACGAGCGGCUAUGACUGCGAGCAGAGGAGUGGGUCGUCAGGGUCGUGA